GACCAAGCUGCGCCGUGUUAAAUGGUUUCUUAGUUGCUAGACAGGGAGAAAAAAUGGACGAUCACAGACCAUUCUUUGUAGAUUAUUAUAUCAAGGGUUCAGCUUUUGGCUCAUCAAAGCUAAAUGCCGCAAGACCUAUCUAGUUGCUGUGAAUUAUGCCAAGACGACAAUGGAGUGCUUUUUUAAUGGUACAAUGCAUUUCACCUACCAGAUAGGGGGAGUCCACGCUGAGAGAUGGGGAUGUCUUGUGAUGUUGGGUGAUCAGUAUCAAUGAAGGGGGUUAUUCUGAAAAGAGACAGAUUAAAAUAAAGCGCUCUUUGCUCGGGAUGUGCUGGAAGCAGUUGGGAGGGCUACCCGGAGCGGGCGGCCGCGGCAGCCCCGCGCCGCACUUUUCCCCCUCCGCACAAGAAAAUGAUCAAGUCAAUCAUGUGGACAUGCUUCAUUAUUCAUUGAACACAAUCUUUUACAACGCUCCGUUUACGUGCGGGAGUUUCUUCUACGCUUUGCUUUAAAUUUUAAGGUUUUAUUUUUCCAGUUGUGACCUUCAGUACCCAUCCUGUGUCUUUUAAGAAUUUCCUCAUCCAGGGAACAGAUUUGUUGGCCUAAGAAUAACUGCAAAGGGUCUACAAGAGUGUUGGUCACCUGUUGAUUAAAGAAUUAAAUCUCAGCAAACUCCAGCCUGAUGGAGAAACCGAGGCAAAGAGGUUAAAGGAGAUCUCCUGAGCCCCAGAGUGUGUUGAUGUCUGUCCCCUCUCCCUACACAUGUGCACAGACUACUAGACUUCUCUGCUCUGGCUGCAGGGAAGUGGGACGCCCCUUUGGCAAUCUGUCAGUGCCAACCUGAGCCGCAUCCUUUCGCUGGGUAUUUUCUAAGCUGGCUGACAGUCCUUAAAACAAGUAUGCAGUUAAGCUGCUAAGAGAUGGAGGAAGCUAGUUUGUGCCUUGGUGUUUCUUCAGCUGUGCCAGAAGCUGACGCCCAUCUCAACAGCACCAUACUCAAUGGGCAAUAUUCAAUGAGUCAGAAGCUGCACCAGAUCACUUCCCAGCUCAGCCAUGCCUUCCCAGAGCUCCAGAACAGGCAGAACCCCGAGGAGAAGGCGUCAGUGCCACUAGAAGACAAAAGUCACAUGUCCAUAGCAAACCAGCCCAUCAGCAGCCAGAUGGCCCUGCUGGCAAACCAGCUCAAUAGAGAGGUUGACACCAGCUUGAACGGGCGUGUGGAUCUGCAGCAGUUCUUAAAUGGACAAAACCUAGGGAUCAUGUCUCAGAUGAGCGACAUCGAGGAUGACGCCAGGAAAAACCGAAAGUACCCCUGUCCCCUCUGUGGGAAACGCUUUCGAUUUAACAGCAUCCUGUCGCUGCACAUGCGAACUCACACUGGAGAGAAACCCUUCAAGUGUCCCUACUGUGACCACCGAGCAGCUCAAAAAGGCAACCUGAAGAUACACCUGCGUACUCACAAGCUUGGAAACCUUGGCAAGGGUCGUGGGAGGGUGCGAGAAGAAAACAGACUUUUACAUGAGCUGGAGGAGAGAGCGAUUCUCCGGGACAAGCAGAUGAAGAGCAGCCUCUUGCAGCCACGACCCGAUGUGAAAGCACAGCAGCACACCCAGCCGAUGCCGCUCGCAAACUGUAACUUGUCUGUGCCACCUAACCACAACACACCUGAUAUUUCAAACCCCGUUCCCUCUCCAAAGCCGGUCAGUGUCCAGGAAGAAGUUGUCGCUCAGACGGCCGGGUUCAGAUGCACGUUUUGCAAAGGCAAGUUUAAGAAGCGAGAAGAGCUGGACAGGCACAUAAGGAUCCUACACAAGCCUUACAAGUGCACUCUGUGUGACUUUGCCGCCUCGCAGGAGGAGGAGCUGAUCAGCCACGUGGAGAAGGCUCACAUAACUGCAGAGUCAGCACAGGGCCAGGGCUCCAAUGGGAAUGGGGAGCAAUCCACCAAUGAGUUUCGUUGCGAGGUGUGUGGCCAAGUGUUUAGCCAAGCCUGGUUCCUAAAAGGCCACAUGAGAAAGCACAAGGAUUCCUUUGAACACUGCUGUCAGAUCUGUGGGAGGCGAUUCAAAGAGCCUUGGUUUCUUAAAAACCACAUGAAAGUUCACCUGAAUAAGUUAUCUGUAAAGAACAAAUCUCCUAAUGAUCCUGAAGUACCUGUCUCCAUCAGCAGCAUGUCCCAGGAAGCUCAUGCAAAUUUGUAUUCAAGAUACCUGUCAUGUUUGCAGAGUGGGUUUCUUCCUCCGGACAAAGCGAGGCUAAGUGAACAAAAUCAAAUCUACAACAAAGGAGAUAUGCCCAUGAAAGAGAAAGAAGUCUUGGGGAAGCUCCUUUCGCCCAUUUCUGGCAUUGGCCACAGUAUUGCCGAAGGGGAUAAACAUUCUUUAUUGGGCUGUCUCAAUCUGGUGCCUCCUCUGAAAUCCAGCUGUAUAGAAAGGUUACAAGCUGCCGCCAAAGCAGCAGAGAUGGAUCCAGUAAACAGCUAUCAGGCCUGGCAGCUUAUGGCAAGGGGAAUGGCCAUGGAACAUGGCUUUUUGUCUAAAGAGCAGCAGAUACAGCGCAGCCACGAAGACACUUUGGCAAAUGCUGGAGUUAUGUUUGAUAAGGAGAAGCGGGAGUAUGUGUUAGUAGGAGCAGAUGGCUCUAAGCAGAAAAUGCCUGCUGAUUUGGUUCACAGCACUAAAAUGGGCAAUCAGAGAGACUUGCCAAGCAAACUAGACCCUUUAGAAGGCAGCAGAGAUUUUUUGUCACAUGGUAUGAACCAGGGACUCGAUUACAACUUACAAAGUCAUGGAAACAUAAAAGAAAAGCCAACUGAAUGCCCGGACUGCGGAAGGGUUUUUAGAACGUACCACCAAGUGGUUGUUCACUCCAGGGUCCACAAAAGAGACAGGAAAGGAGAAGAUGAAAUAAUUCAAGGUAGCCUUGAUGAGCGGCGUGGGUCUGGAAGUGAUCAAGAGUCUCAGUCUGUCAGCAGGUCAACAACACCUGGGUCCUCUAACAUUACUGAAGAAAGCGGAGUAGGUGGGGGUCUCUCGCAGACAGGGAGUGCUCAGGAGGACAGCCCUCAUCCUUCCUCACCCUCCUCUUCAGACAUUGGAGAAGAAGCUGGGAGAUCUGUAGGAGUCCAGCAGCCAGCUUUACUGAGAGACAGGAGCCUUGGUUCUGCCAUGAAAGACUGCCCAUAUUGUGGAAAAACUUUCAGAACAUCCCACCACUUAAAGGUCCACUUGAGAAUACACACAGGUGAGAAGCCUUACAAGUGUCCACAUUGUGACUAUGCUGGCACUCAGUCUGCAUCCCUCAAAUACCACUUGGAACGACACCAUCGGGAGCGACAGAACGGAGCAGGACCACUCUCUGGGCAGAGUGCAAGUCAGGAACACAAGGAUGAGACACCAAGUAAAAGCUCUGUGUUUAUUAGGCCAGACAUACUGAGAGGAGCCUUCAAGGGACUUCCUGGUAUCGACUUCCGAGGUGGCAUGGUCUCACAGCAGUGGACGUCGGGAAUGCUGUCCUCUGGAGAUCAGCAAGGACAAGCAGCUGGCAUGUCAUCUGAAGGGUCUUCAGAAAACAUGAAGGGUUCAGACAUAUCUUCCAAAGGAACACACUUCUCUGAACUUGGCCGUGCUUACCAGAACAUGGUUGGGAACGGUGUGAACUUUCAAGGAUCUUUGCAAGCUUUCAUGGACAGCUUUGUCCUAAGUUCUUUGAAGAAAGAAAAAGAGAUGAAGGAUAAAUCUCUCUCAGAUCCACUUUCAGCAAAAGCUCUGGGCUCAGAUGGCGGUGAGGAGAAGAUAAAUAGCAAGUCCUCACAGCGGAAAACAGAAAAGUCGCAAUACGAACCCCUGGACUUGUCGGUAAGGCCCGAUGCAGCCUCUCUGCCAGGUUCCUCUGUCACUGUACAAGACAAUAUUGCUUGGCAUGGCUGCUUAUUUUGUUCCUUUACAACUUCAUCCAUGGAGUUAAUGGCUCUGCAUCUCCAAGCCAAUCACUUGGGCAAGGCUAAACGUAAAGACAACAUCCUAAGCAACAACAAAGAGCAGUCCAGAGAAGUUUCAGCCUCGGUGAACAAAGUGAGCUUGCUCCCCUCCUCUGUGCAGUCCAGCAAGGAGGCAGGAGUUUCAAACAUGCUGAGCCAGCUGGACUCAGCUUCUGAGAAAAUGACCCAAGGACAAAAUAAAGAGACCCUGGGAGAGCAAAAGAGCGCUGCCUGGCCCAGCCACAUGGAAUCCACUUUUUGUAAUUUUACAACAGACUUCUAUAAGCAGUUUGGUGUUUAUCCUGGUGUUAUUGGCACGGGAACACAAAAUUCUUGCACCAGUAAUGAAUCCGAAAUAAAAACACAAUCCGAAGAUGACCCAAAUAUUCUGCUCUCUGACUCUGUAAAUAAAAGUGCUAUUGAUGACCUUUCUGACAUAGCUUCAUCUGAGGAUAUGGAAUCUUCCAAGGAAGAAAACAUUGAAGAUGAGGACAUUGACACAGAACCAGAUAUUAUGAAUAAGCAGUUGUCUGCCCAAAAUAAAGAAAGCAGUGAAGGAGGCAACAAUAUACAAAGUGCAGUCACCUCACAACCCACACAAGGGCUCGUAUCACCACUGCCACAAGCUUCGGAAAAGCAGUGGCACAGUCAGAAUCUUCUCUCCUCACACGAAACUGCACAAGAAGUGAUGAAACCCGAACAAGUUCAGGGUCCGCAGGUCCUGGAGAAGCAGAUGAACAUGUUGUCAGUCCUAAGAGCUUACAGCUCUGAUGGCUUAGCAGCCUUUAAUGGACUUGCAAGUAGCACAGCAACUAGUGGAUGUAUCAAGAGACCUGACUUGUGUGGCAGAAUGAAAUGAUAUGGAAGUUAUACAGCAGACUUUACCCCAUUACCGUGCUUUUGAAGAGGUUUCUUAGUUUCAGUUAGGAGGUCCAAGGCCAGCUUUUAGAGUACGAACUGUUCCUCUGAAUGGGAGAUCAGCACCUCGGCCCCCGCCUGGCUUUCAGACACACUUCUGGAUGUCACAAUGCCAUUUGCAUGGCAAUAUCAAACCAAACUCAUAUGGCUUGCUUCCUUUUUUUAAUUAACUGGGAAUGCCAGUGAUCCAGUGAAGUUUGCGUUGCUGGAUAAAAGGGCUGGUCUGUGAAUAGCAUUGUAUUUGCCAAAUGGUUCGCUAGUCAUUUCAGUACAAACAAAUGGAUGGUGUCUGUAAGUCUGCAAACACUGUUGACAUUUAGCCUUGUUUAUGUUACUUUCCUUUUGCUGCAUAUUUUUGGCUAGAAGAGAUACUGUCUGAAUCAACAUUGACUUCCUAAGCAGAAGCUAAGGGCCCAGUCUUGCAUCCCUCAUUCUCGAUGAGUAGCACUACUUACAUGACUAAGGAUUGCAGAAUCAGGUCCUAUGUUUAUUUGACUUUAAAUUUCAUUGCUAUUUUUAUGUAAUUUAAUUUCUUUGUAUUUUGUUGUAUCAGAAAUCGGUCAGGUGAUAAAGGUUUGGUAUCACCAUUUUGUUUACUGUUGAAAACUUUUAGUUCUUACCAUUCUUCAUACUGUGGUGUGACAUUCCCAUUCCAUUUACAUUUCUGGAAAUUAACCCCUAAAAUAUCUGAUACAGCUAAGUGCUGAGUACCUCCUAUUCCCAGAGAGACUGGAGGCAUUCAGUCCUUCCUAGCACCACAUCUGAAAGGGGGAUUGUGUUUGCAAAAGGAGGCCUUGGUAUGUGCCUUGAUUUCAGACAUCAGUGGCCAGCCGCACCAAGGCAAAUCCCUAGCACAGAAAGGCUUUUCUUUUCUUUGCAGAGACAAAAUAAUGAUGUAAGCUUAGAGCUGUAUGAUUUUUGCUCUAAGUUUCAUCUCCCAAACAAUAUAUUCUUAUUGUUUUUGUCAUAUCCAGGUCAAAUUUAAAUUAUAAUUUAGGAUUAGGCAGAGGCAUAGAGAUGUUUCCAGGUCUUUCCAAAGUGAGACAAUGCUCUGGUUUGUGUUUUGGUUCAGGAAUAUACAUUCUUGUGUCUGAGGUAUAGUAUUUCCUAUAACUACUCAUAAACAUGAGCAAUUUAGACAUUCUUGUAAGUCAAAACUAAGUGUACGAUUAAUACCUAUUAUGAGGCCGAUUUUAAACAAUUAAUUUGACAGCAAUUAUAAUUUUAUGUUACAGGCUUUCAGGAAUAAAUAACCAAAUUCAUCUUUGUAAUCUAAGGAACUUAGGAUAUCUUUAUGCAGAGAUGAUCUCGUUAUGCACAGUAUUGCAUAUCUGGAACUUCUGAGGUUUGCUCCCACCUAUCUAGAUGCCUGUAGUGCCAGGGAUAAAUAAUUACCUGAGGCUUAUUAAUUGUUUCAGCAAAGAAAAAAAUAUAUACCUUAAGUGUAAGCAUUAAUAUAUGUAUACACAAUACAUCCAAAAUAUAUAACAAACCAUCAUACUAGUACAAAAAUAGAGGUCCUGAAUAUGUUCUGUUAUUUAUGUGUUUGGCAAGCUUAGGGAAUGGACUUUAGUAUGAGUGAAAAUUCUCUUAACAUUUUUAAGGUUAUUUAUUGUCAUUUCUAUUUGAGUUUUUAAUGGUCCUGUAUUUUGUAAUGCUUUAGCAGGAAAAAAUACUGUAGUUACCUUUUUUCAUAUUCUUUAAGCAAUAUUUCUAGCUUAAUAUAUUGUGCCAGGUUUUCCAAUAUUAACCAAGAAAGACAGUAAAAUUCAAUGAACAACACUCUGACAUCCACAAUUUAAAACCUGUGAUUGAAGUGAAAUGUGUAAACUUCUAGUGGGUUAUCAUGUGCUUUGGAAUAGAGUAUUGUUGGAAGUAAUUAGAAAAUAUAUUAAGGUUUCCUGGUAAUGAAGGUAUGUAAGUUUUAAUAAUUGUUGCUUUCUGAAUAAGUGUCAAACUAUAUCUUUAAAUGUAUAUGGAGUUACAAGUUAGGUCACUUCUGAAUGGAAUGUAAAACAAUACUAAAAUGCUUCAAUAACUUAUCUCAGUGUUGCUAAUAAAAAAAAAAGCUGUUAACCAUUA